AUGGAGCUGGCCAACAGGACCACAGGAAUUCAGGAAUUCAUUUUGCUGGGAUUUGAAGUUGGGCAGCUGGAACGGCUCCUGCUCCUCGUCUUUUUCACACUACUUUAUAUGCUCGCCAUAGCUGAGAACAUCACCAUCAUCACCCUGGUGCAUCUUGACACCCACCUGGCCCGGCUUCCCAUGUACAUCCUGCUGAGCAACUUUUCGUGGCUGGAGAUCUGUUACGUAAGCACCACUGUACCCCAGAUGCUCUUAGACCUGGCAUUGUCCAACAAGAUCAUCUCCUUCAGUUCCUGCUUCCUUCAGUUUUACAUUUUCUUUUCUCUUGGCAGCACUGAAUGCUUCUUCCUCUCUUCCAUGGCCUUGGAUCGAUACUUGGCCAUCUGCCACCCAUUGCGCUAUCCACAGAUCAUGUCCCCAAAAUUUUGCUAUGUCCUGGUAACGGCUUCUUGGAUCCUUGGCUUCCUGGCAUACGUUGUCCCAGUGACAUUGAUCUCCAAGAUGUCCUUCUGUGGCCCCAACGUCAUUAAUCAUUUUUUGUGUGAUCCUGGGCCACUUCUGUCUUUGGCUUGCCCGCCACUACCAAACGCUCCCCUCGUGAGUCUGAUCUUCAUGGAUGUUGUGGUGAUACUAGGAAACAUUUUGUUUGUUGUGCUCUCCUAUGGCUCUGUGAUUUUCACCCUGAUGAAAAACUCUAGCCGAGGCAAUCGGUUGAAGUCCUUCUCCACCAUAUCAUUCCAUUUGGCAGUGGUGACACUUUUCUAUGGCCCCUCAGCGGGAUUGUAUGUGAUGCCAGGUGGAGAAACUGAUUCAAAUAUCACUAAGAUAGUAACGCUCUUCUAUACUGCCAUAACACCAUUUCUCAACCCUAUGAUUUACUGUCUGAGGAACGAUCAGGUGAAGGAAGCACUGUUUAGGUUAUGGAGAAGAAAGACAAUUUUUGUGAAGAGAAAAGUGGCAGUGCAGAAAGGAGGAAAGGAACAGAAAAUGUAA